CUCUUUUCCCCAGGCCCCAAGUAAUCACAUCUGUACAAAAUUUCUUCAUUCCCUCACUAGGAAACCCUAAAAUCAGUUCGGCGCACCACUGCCGCCGGCAAAUCCUCCCAACUACCUCGACGAAGAGGAAGAAGACGACGGGAAAGUAGAUGAAGAGAAGCUGCAAGCCAUCCUUCAGACACAACCCUCCGCUUGGAUCACUCAAUGAACGACGCCCACGUGUCCACUCGUGACGUAAACCGCAGCAUCGCCCUCCGAGGGCCCGAUCACCCUACGGGAUGCCGACAAUCUGAAGAAGAAGUCCAUAAAUCGAAUUUUCAAAAGACUCACUACACCCAUUUCAAGAAAAAAAAUGUCCACCACGAGCUCAAGCAGUGAUACCGGGGAAUACAAGCUCCAGCUGAAAGUCAUGGUUAACCGUCAGCAAACGAAGGUGCUGUUUGCCGAGGCCGACAGCGACUUUGCUGACGUCCUGCUGAGCUUCUUGACAUUGCCGUUGGGAAAGAUCAUCAGGAUGCUGAAGAGUUACUAUGAAGAUAACGAGCCCCCACUGGGAAGCCUAACGACACUAUACGACAGCCUGUCCAGGUUGGACAACGCCCUUUUCUGGACAGCUGGCGGCAAGCAAAUGCUGCUCGACCCAAGGAACCCGCUUGAGGCCGAGUGUGUCUGGCUAAAGCUCAACGUUGACGAAUCCCGUCGAACGACUUACUACAGGUGUGGGGCCCACAGCUGCAGGCGUGAGAGGUCCUCGAUUGUGACCAUGUACCACAGCAUGGCAACUUGUGAGUGCGGUGGGCCUCUGGACAAGGCGAUGGGCCCAUUGGAGCCCGGGAUUCUUGAUAACAGACAAUCUCAAGGUAGCCAUGGGGGGGUUUUUGUCGAGAAGGGCACGGUGUUCUUGAUAAACAACGAUCUCAAGAUGGCGCCUCUUGUGCCCGGGCGCUUCUUGGAAACUCUGGUCGAUCUCGGUGUGACUGUCGGGAAAGGAGCCAAGAUGUUGACUAUGAGCCUUGGGGUCCAGGAUAUUAUGGAGUUGCUCAUGGGAUCUCUACUCUCCCAUACUCCACUAACCGACCUCUUUCUCCACCAUUUUUACCUAGAGUCAGACCCGGUUUUACCCCGCGUUUUACUGCCUCUGGCCGCAGUAAACCCGCCGUCCUACUCCAAAACCAUGAAAGUGAAAGCUGUCUUACGCAAAUCCAAUAACGAACUACUGUUUGUUCAAGCCGAGGAUGAUUUCGUGGAUUUCAUCCUUAGUUUGCUAACCAUCCCCUUGGGUGGGGCCGCUUUCCUCUUGAAGGGCAACACAUUGCUAAAAAACAUCGACAAUUUGUACAGGAGCAUAGCCGAGACUGUCGAUGAAAAGUACCUAAAAAUGAAAAAUGGGCUAAUCAAACCCGAGCUUCCUCCGGGCUAUCUGUCCAAGAAUCAAAUCUUGCCCCUGACCGAACGAGCGGCACCCAAUAUUUAUUUUGUCGAGUCCUUUAAUGUGGGCCCCACCAACAAGGAGAUAGAGAAAGGUUCUUGGAUGCGUUUUAAGGACCCUAAAGGGGAGGGGAGUUAUCUAAGGCGGCAUGACAAGUUUUUGGUGACGAGCGAUUUGACCGUGGAGCGUAUGGUCUCAUUUGAUGCGGCUCUCGUCUGGAUGAAAGUCGGUGCAUGUGAUGUGCACGAAGUGGAGCUGGACAUUGGAAUGCAACUGGCUUUGAACAUUUUGCGAGCAUCUCUUGUGUCAGAACGUGCUUUGAGCAAGGGCCUAGAAUAUGCCAUAAUACAGAAGCUAGUGAAAGGAGGCUUUCGACCAGUGCUUUGAUGUAAUGAGUCGAAUUGCUCGUCUCGUUUGUAACUUCGGUAAAAUUUUUCUGAGUAUCGAUCAUCAACUAUAAAUGGCCUCUUUUAGCUUUGAAAACCAUCGAUUGUAAAUACGGAGGAUCUUUGUCUGCUCUUUCUGAACGUUAUGGUAGGUUUUGCUGGUGUUUUCAAAUUAGGUUUUCACCGUAUUGUUGCAAGUUUUGGUAAUGAAAAGGCCGGUUACAAGCUGAUUGUUGCGGUAUAAAAGAAGAAGCUGGAGUUUUGAUGGUGCUACCUAUGGGUUUCAGCCAAAAGCUGGAGUUUGAAAAAAAUAAAAAACUGGAGAUCGUCUUUAUGACUCUAUAGUACCAAAAUGGUUUACGGUGCACCAAACUUCUAAUCAUCUCCCAGAAUUCUUUCAAAAACGUUUGCAUUAAAAUAAAUAAUCUCCAAAUAUUUUUUAUUUUUAUAUAAAAGUGUUACUUAAAGCCAAUGACACGUCUGUAAAGAAUAAUUAUGAUUAAAUAAGGAUAUGUCAUAGCAAGAUUAAUGCCAAAAAGGUCAAACUUGAGGCAUUUUGUUGAUAUGGCUCAUAUAUUGACAAAGGA